UGUGAGUGAUCCGGAAUUUAACACUAUCCAACCCGUUCAGUUGAUGAAUUUGGACGAACCAGAAAAUUUGGAUCCAAUUGAAAAUGAACUUCCGGCUGAUAUCAACGCAGUUUUAGAUUUUGAGAAUGGUGAAGAUGUGGAGGACAGUGAUACCUCAAAUAGAAGAUCAUCGGAUGUUGAGGAAUCAAGUUCUAUGGAUGAUGGGGAUUCUAAUGGUCAUUCAACAGAUUCUGAAAAUGAUUUCAUCGAAGGUAUCAUUAAAGUCCUUAAAGAUGAACCAGACGAAGUUCGGCAACUGCGUGUUUUAGCUGUAACGAAGGGAAUAAAGCAAGAUGCAGUUGAUGGGUUGUUAAAGAUUCUGCGAAGAAGAACUUUCCCUCAGUCACCGAAGUCGGCAAAAACAUUCCUAGGGACAUCUUCAUCUACCUAUGAGAUCAAAGAAAUGAUGGACUGCAACGGAACGGUUGGAGAGUAUGUCUACUUUGAGAUCGAAAAGGGUCUUCAAGAAUGUAUUGAUCCUGACGUAUACCGAAAAGCAACCAUAUUUUAUUAUUUAAUGUAG